UACCCCCCAAGUUCUCCCUUCGUGUGAGGGUCAGUGGAGGCGCGGGAUCUUCUCCUCCGUCACCAACCACCACUCCGCCACCGGGCUCGCCACCGUCGACGCUUUCCUCAAUGACUCGGCGGAUUAGAGCUUUCAAGCGAUGGAUGAAAUCCCACGACUUCGACUGCAGCGAUGCCCUGGAGAUCGUUGACGACGGAUGUGUCGGCGGAGGCAUAUCGGUCAGAGCUGUUUGCGACCUGAAGGAAGGGGACCUUGUGGCCACCAUUCCCAAGAGCGCUUGCCUCACUAUUCAGACUUCGGGUGCGCGCGAAAUGAUCGAAAGCGCUGGCUUGGCGGGAUCUCUUGGCUUGGCGGUGGCCGUAAUGUACGAGAGGAGCUUAGGACCCGCAUCUCCGUGGCAUGGGUACCUUCAACUUUUGCCAGAUAGAGAAUGCGUGCCUCUCGUAUGGAGCUUGCGGGAAGUCGACGCCUUUCUUUCAGGAACGGAACUCCACAAGACAGUAAAGGAAGACAAGAGUUCUGUGUAUGAGGAUUGGAGAGAAUUUAUAGAGCCCUUAGUUUUAUCUGGCACUUGGAAUAUUGAUCCAGAAAGGUUUGGUGUUGAGCAAUAUUUUUCAGCCAAGACUCUAGUUUCAUCAAGAUCAUUUCAAAUUGAUAGUUGCUACGGAUUUGGAAUGGUGCCUUUAGCUGAUCUCUUCAAUCACAAAACAGGAGCUGAACAUGUCCAUUUUACCUCAGUAACUUCUUCAUCUAGCUCAGAUGAUGAUGGAGAUAGUGAUAUCAGUUAUGAGUCUCAUGAUGGUGAAUCAUCAAUCGCGAAUUCAAAUACUAGAUCUUCAGGAAAAGAUGAUACUAAUCUUGAAAUGAUUAUUGUUAAAUAUGCUGAGGCAGGAUGUGAGGUGUUCAACACUUACGGCAUCAUCGGCAAUGCUGCUCUUCUUUACAGAUAUGGUUUCACCGAACCCGACAACCAAUUCGACAUUGUGAACAUUGAUCUGGCACUGGUAGUCAGAUGGUGUUCCUCGGCCUUCUCUGGUCGCUAUUGUAGAGCAAGGGUUUCAUGCUGGAGAAAGCUAAAUUACUUAGGUUCUGCCAAUCAACACUGUGAAUACUUUGAGAUUUCAUGCGAUGGAGAACCAGAAUUGGAGCUUCUCGUCCUACUUUACAUAAUUUUUUUACAAGAGGAGGAUUAUGAAAAACUGGGAUAUAUGUCCGAUGCAUUAGCUAAUCUGGAUGAGUCCACUGCCAUUGUCAAAUUAGUCAAGGCCACAAGCAAUAAACGCAUGAAAAUGGAUCAGGAAACAUCUGGAGAUAUCAAGGAGCUACUGGUAUCAGACAACGUUUGUUUCGCACUAAGUUCACUUGCUGAUCUGAGGGAAAGUUUGUAUGGAAGUAGCUCGGUAGAGGAAGAUACCAAAAAGAUUGAAAGAUGCUGUGAUAUGAAAGAGAGGAAGGCGUACCAUUCUCUUGUGCUGCGGAAGUGUGAAAGGCUGAUUCUCGGCAGGCUAAGAGAUUAUGCAUCAAAAAGAUCGAGUAAGAAGAAGCUGUAGAACAGUUUGAUGGGUAUUGAGUUGGAAUAAGCAAGUGAUUCAUAGGUUUCGACCUGAGAAGUUCUGUAGCAACUCGGAAAGUAUUGAUCUAUAUGUAGGUGUUAUGAUAAAAGACAAGUAGUUUAUCAAGAUGACACUUUUAUCCCACUAGUUCUAAGAA